AUGCUGGCGACCCCUAUCGAGACUAGUACUGGAACUAAGAGACAACUAGAAAGUGAAACAUCUUUACCUAGUGAACUUCCCGUUAGAGAAGAGGUAAUACCAGAUGCAAAUUACGAUGCGUCAGUAAAUAAAAAACCAAAAUUCUUAAAGGAUACUGAAUCACCAGGAGUAUCUGAUAAUGAGAAUGACGUGCCGUUAACAAAUAUAGAACCACUGAACGAGGAUAGGGAAGCACUCAAACCUAGAAAGCCAGCUAAAAGGAUUCUAAUUGGCAAAGAUCAUGAGUCUGGUAAAUACGUUUUUCCCGAAAUGACCAAGGACGAUACAGUUAAUGCUAGAAUGCAUUUGAAAUAUUAUGGACUAAAGACUUUUUUAGAUUCUUAUUUGCCCGAAAAUCUGAACUCCUUGUAUAUAUAUUAUUUGAUCAAACUAUUGGGUUUUGAAAUAAAGGACAGAGAAUCACUAGCCAUGAUAUCCAGGUACGCAACCAUGAUAACAGAGGAUAUUGAUGAGAAAAAAUUAUCUUACGAUGAAUUUGAAGAUCCACUAGAGAAAAAACUGGCUGUAAAACUAGUUAAAGAUUUACAAAAAGCUAUAAAUAAGGUUUUAUCGACACGAAUUAGUUUAUCUAAUUUCUACACCCUCGACCAUAUGGUAGCUAAAUUGAAAACUGCAAAGAGAAUAAUAGUUUUGACAGGUGCUGGUGUAUCAACAUCACUUGGUAUUCCGGAUUUCAGGUCGUCUGAAGGUUUUUACUCAAAAAUUAAACAUUUGGGACUCGAUGAUCCACAAGAUGUUUUCAACCUUGACAUCUUUCUGCAGGAUCCAUCCGUUUUCUAUAAUAUUGCACAUCUUGUUUUACCACCAGAAAACAUAUAUUCCCCUUUACACAGUUUUAUAAAAAUGCUGCAAGAUAAAGGAAAACUCUUAAGGAACUAUACCCAAAAUAUUGAUAAUCUAGAGUCAUAUGCCGGUAUAAAAUCUGAAAAGUUAGUGCAAUGCCAUGGGUCUUUUGCGACAGCUUCAUGUAUAACGUGCCAUUGGCAAUUACCUGGUGAGAAAAUUUUUGACAAUAUUAGGAAAAUGGAACUGCCGUUGUGCCCAUAUUGUUAUCAUAAAAGGAAGGAUUAUUUCCCAUUGGAAGAUGAUAAGACUAGAACGAAUAAACCAAUCCCUAUAGCCUCCCAUAAAUAUUUUGGUGAUACUACCCUGAAAUCUUAUGGUGUCUUGAAGCCUGAUAUUACAUUUUUUGGGGAGGCUUUGCCAUCAAAAUUUCAUAAAACAAUCCGUGAGGAUGUAUUAAAAUGUGAUCUUUUGCUUUGUAUUGGUACAAGUCUGAAAGUUGCACCAGUUUCAGAGAUUGUGAAUAUGUUACCUGCUCAUGUACCUCAAAUUUUGAUAAACAGGGAUCCUGUGAAGCAUGCAGAAUUCGAUAUAGAUUUACUUGGGUUCUGUGACGAUGUGGCAGCAUUGGUUGCACAAAAAUGUGGCUGGGAAAUUCCACAUGAGAGUUGGGAUAAAUUAAAGGACAAGAAGUUCGAUUGCAUUGAAAGAGAAAAGGGUGCAUAUAAUGUUAAGAGUGCGGAGCAAAUAGAAUAA